AUGAAUUUUGGUAAUAAUUCUAACAACAAUAACCAUAAUCAAUAUCGUCCUAUUUAUUCACUGGACGCGUUUGCUCAUAAUGCAUCUCGUAUAGGACAAGGGAAAAUUGUCUAUCCGAGUUAUACCAAAUACAACAAUCAUUUCGCCAAUGACACAACUUUCAAGAAACUACAACACGUAUAUCUCCCACCCCAGCGUCGCAACCCUUUUGAGUUCGUAAGACCUAUGCAUCUUCAACAACAGCAACGAGAUUUCUACUAUGGUAUCAACCUAACAACACCAACACCAAUCUCUCCGUCUUUCUCACAUUACGCUAUCAACGCUGCUGCCGCCGCCAAACACGAAUUCAUCCCGUUCAAAUUACAAGAAAUCCAUUUAGGCUCACAGAACAUGUUGCCUUACUCGAAGAAUCCUGACGAUUGCGCGAAUCUACAAUAUCGUUAUUUGAAUGGUGUCAUCGCAGUCGCGAUGCAUCAGAAUAGCGUAAAGUUUUAUAUUCCGUUGGAUGCGAUCCAUGAGAUUCAUCAGAUUGGAUCGGAUACUUUGGUGUUGUGUCUUGAUCGUGAUAAAAAGAAAUUGAUCCAGCAUAAAAUUCUUGAUGUAGUCCAAAACCGUCAAAAUUUCAUUACUAUAAUUGAAAGCGCAUCUACCAUGCGAUUUGUCGCCGAAAACAAAACUCCGAUUGAAAAAAUUGCGCUUACUAAACUCCACGUUGAAUUUGAAAUCAACAAAAUUCGUGAAUCGCAAAGUACAUCUAGUUCUAGCGCCGAAAAUGAUCACAAUGACACAAAUUCUAUUUUCUCUGGAGAAGGCGAGGACAGUGGCAACAACACUCAUAAAACCAAUACCGCUUACAAAACCGCUUCUCGAAACAUUCUCAUAAAAUUUCACUAUAACUGGAAAUCCAACGACAAAAAAGAAGAGGAUAUUCGUGUUUUUCCGUUGGAGUAUUCAACGUCUUUUGAUAAAAUGAAAAGCUUGAUACAAGAGUCUUAUGAAAUUCACGAAAUCAAGGAAAUGGCUUGUCGCUUAAAAAGCAAGCACAGUAAUAAUAGAACUAGUAGUCAUGAAUUAUUUUUGAUUCGUGAUGAACUUAAUUGGAGAACUGCUAUGAGUAUGCAUUCGGACAGUGAUAGAUUGGAGUUAUGGUUCAUGGAAUAA